AUGAACCCAUUUGUUCUUGCAUUUAAAAACAUGGUUGAAGUGGAAGAUGAAGAAAUUCGGCAAGAUAGACGUUGUUAUGAUCUCCCUUCACAUAAUGAAGUUGUAGUUGUAUUUGUUGGUGAAGAUGAUGCACCACCUACUUCCAGGGAAAUUCAAUAUGCUGUUGAUGCGUAUGUUAAAAUUGAAGGCCAGCGCUUUGCUUUCACCAGAAAUAACCAAAACAAACUAAGAAGCAAGCAGUAUGAUGCCUUACACGAACAUGUAAACAACCUUGAAAACGAUCAUAAUGUAAGACCAAAGCGUGUUUUUAAUUUUGCCAUCAACUUAUCACGGUGUAUAAGGGAAAGUUGUAACACAUGUUCAGUUAUUGAAUUUCAAAAGUGUGGUUUGCCACAUGUUCAUAUUUUACUUCACUUUGCAACUGAUGAUAAGCUUGAAACAGCACAUGAUAUCAAUAAUUUAAUAUCUGCAGAAAUUCCAGAUCCGAUUGUUAAUCCUGAUCUAUAUGACGUUGUUAAAACUUGCAUGAUUCACGGUCCGUGUGGCAUACUGAAUCCAAAUUCUUCCUGCAUGAAAAAUGGAGUGUACAGCAAAAAUUAUCCUAAAGAAUUUAAUACUAACACAGUAGCAGUUCAUAAUGGUUAUCCACGCUAUAGACGUCGUGAUAAUGGUUUGGUUAUCAAUGUUAAAGGUAACAAUGUUAAAGGGUCACGACUGUGCAUAUACAAGGGUCACGACUGUGCCAAUAUUUUAAUUAACGAACAAAUUAAUCAUGAUGAAGAAAACACUUUUUCAGAUUGUCGUUAUGUUAGUUCACCUGAAGCAUUGUGGCGAAUUUUCGAGUAUCCAAUAAGUCAUAUGCCACAUAAUAUUAUACGUCUUAAAGUUCAUCUACUUAAGAAUCAAUUAGUCUAUUUUAGAGAAUGA